AUGAGGCAGGCUGUUCCCAUAACCCCCCCCUCCAUGCCUGUGAGUGGAGCUCAUGGAACAGGCUCUCUGCAAGGGCCGCCUACUCCCCGCCCUCUCGGCUGCUGCGGGAAGAAUUGGCUGCUGGCUUUGGAAAUGGCUUUGAGUGAGAUGAACGGGGAUGGCUCUGAACAAGAGGAAGGUGGAUGCCAGGAGCCAGAUGUCAUUGCCAGGGGAAAUAUAUUGGAGAGUUUUGCAGAGAGUCAAGAAGUCAGAGGGUUAAUUAACAGCCUGAAAGGAGUGUAUGGGGAUCUGGGAACACGAGAGGUGACAAUUGAAAAAUUUAUAGUUAUAAUGGACAAGUACCAGGAACAACCUCACUUGUUGGAUUCACACCUAGAGUGGAUGAUGCAUUUAUUGCUGGAUAUAGUGCAGGAUAACAGGUCUCCUUCUCCACUAGUACAUCUGGCUUUUAAAUUUCUUUACAUCAUUACAAAGGUACGAGGGUAUAAAAUUUUCCUCCGACUGUUUCCUCAUGAAGUAGCUGAUCUGCAGCCUGUUUUGGAUAUGUUUGCAGAUCAGAAUCCUAAGGACUAUGAGACAUGGGAGACUCGCUACAUGCUCUUGUUGUGGCUCUCCAUGACAUGUCUGAUACCUUUUGAUUUGGCUCGUCUUGAUGGAAAUAUCCUUUCUGAAGAAGGAUGCACUCGGAUGCCAAUAAUGGAUCGCAUACUCAAUGUAGCAAAAUCUUACCUGGUUGUCAGUGAUAAGGCUCGAGAUGCAGCUGCUGUACUGGUUUCCAGGUUUAUUAUCCGCCCUGAUGUCAAACAAAAAAGAAUGGCAGACUUCCUGGACUGGGCCCUUUCAACAUUAUCUAACUCAUCCUUCCAGACCAUGGAGGGGACUAUUGUAAUGGAUGGCAUGCUUCAGGCCCUGGCGCAGUUAUUUAAACAUGGCAAGAGAGAUGAUUGUUUACCAUAUGCUUCUACUGUACUUGAAUGCCUUGAUAAUUGCAAGCUGUCAGAAAGUAACCAGACGCUUCUUCGUAAACUCGGGGUGAAACUUGUUCAAAGACUUGGAUUGACAUUUCUAAAACCAAAGGUGGCAAAGUGGAGGUAUCAACGUGGUUGCAGAUCUUUGGCUGCCAAUCUGCAGUUUUCUGCCCAGGUUCCAGUUGUGCAGAACCUAGUAAUUGCUGCUGCUGAUGAAGAGGAAUAUGACAUUCCAGGAGAGGUUGAGAAUGUUAUAGAACAAUUGUUGAUUGGAUUGAAAGACAAAGACACCAUUGUCAGAUGGUCUGCUGCAAAAGGGAUUGGGAGAAUAACUGGAAGGCUUCCAAAAGAGUUAGCUGAUGAUGUGGUUGGGUCUCUGUUGGACUGCUUUAGUUUCCAGGAAACGGACAAUUCUUGGCAUGGCGGAUGUCUGGCUCUGGCUGAAUUAGGCAGGAGAGGGUUGUUACUCCCUUCCCGAAUCGCAGAUGUUGUUCCUGUUAUUUUAAAAGCAUUGACAUAUGACGAGAAGCGAGGAGCCUGCAGCGUGGGUUCCAACGUAAGAGAUGCAGCAUGCUAUGUUUGCUGGGCCUUUGCUCGUGCCUAUGAUCCCUUAGAACUGAAGCCAUUUGUUAAUCAAAUUUCAAGCAGCAGUGUAAUAGCUAGAGUAUUUGAACAAAAUAUUGUAUGUCGUGAACAUGCUACUGCUGCCUUCCAGGAGAAUGUUGGAAGACAGGGGACUUUUCCACAUGGCAUUGAUAUUGUGACUGCAGCUGAUUAUUUUGCUGUUGGUAACAGAGUUAAUUGUUUCCUUAAUAUAAGCGUGUACAUUGCUAGUUUUCCUGAGUAUACACAAUCAAUGAUUGAUCACCUGGUUAACACGAAGAUCAACCAUUGGGAUGGUGUUAUUCGAGAACUGUCAACCAAGGCUCUGCAUAACCUCACUCCACAGGUCCCUGAGUAUAUGACAAAUGUGGUUUUGCCAAGACUGCUACCAUUAGCAGUGGGCACAGAUUUGCACACUCGCCAUGGGGCCAUUCUUGCCUGUGCUGAGAUCACCCAUGCACUGUACAAACUAGCAGCAGAGAAUAAUAGAUCAGUUACGAAUUAUUUCAGUGAAAAAUCGUUGGAGGGACUUAAGCAGAUCCAUUUGGAGGUUUGUGCCAAGUUUGGUGAAAUAAAGGAGGAAGACGUAGUACGGCAUGAUGGGAGGAGAUCUGAUGGGUACCUGGAGCACAUCUUUAAACAUGCUGCCAAGGAGCUGUUUGAUAUGGAUGUCAAGGAAAUCACCUACAAAACACUAAAAAACAAGGACUUCCAGGAGGUCAGCCUGGAAAAGGAUGGUGAGACAGUGUUGCGCUUCGCAGCUGCGUAUGGCUUUAGGAACAUCCAGAACGUGGUCCUGAAGCUGAAAAAGGGGAAGUUCUUGUAUCAUUUUGUGGAGGUUCUUGCCUGCCCUGGAGGGUGCUUAAAUGGAAAAGGCCAAGCCCAGACUGAAGAUGGAAAACCUGACAAAGUAUUGCUCAGCCAGAUGGAGGAACUGUAUGCUGCAAUUCCUGUCAGACUUCCAGAAACCAGCAUGCAUGUGCAAAAGCUGUACCAGGACUGGCUGGAAGGGAUGGAUUCCAAGAAGGUCCAGGAAACUCUGCACACCAAAUACUGUGCAAUAAGGAAAACAACAGCCAGUCAAGUGUAUGAAAUGUUGAUAACCUACAGUGAUAUUGUCGAUCCCGAUAUUCUGGAUGAGGUCAUGACAGUACUUAGUGACACCAACUGGGAUGCUGAAUUACCACUGGUGAGAGAGAAGCGCAACUAUCUCUGUGACCUAAUGAAAGUGCCGAAACCGCAACUAGUGUCCAAGAGUGCAGCAUAGUAAAGCAGUCGGUGUUCUCUGUUGCUUUGAAAACUGAAGCUCUCUGGCACUUGCGUCAUGAAGGAGGAAGUGAUCUGUGCUGCUGCAUCUUGAUAAACUGGAGUUUGAGACUGAGCUACAAAAUAUGAUUAACAAAAUUAACGUAAAGAGUAAAUGCACGUGUUCAAAAGCAUCCCACAAGAUAUGCCACUGAAAAAGCAGGCUGUUUAUCUGUCAGUAUCUCCGACCACAAUAUAAAGAAGGCAACAAAGGUCCAUUAUGUUUUCAAUUCGUAAAUUUGUCAUCUGUAGCCACAAGAUGGCAGUUUGUCCUCAUGAUCUUUGUCAUAACUGAGCUGCUUUUGAAUGCCAAUAUCUUGCAUUCCCCUCAGUAAACCUGACUUAGUGUCUCUCCUCUAAAAUCAUUGAGCUUGUACUUGUGUAUUAUUCAUUUUCAGUUGUGACUAAUGCGUGUGGUCAAGACAAAUAUUUAAGAUAAUGUAACAGCUCAGAGUGGUAAUGCUUAAUGGUAAUACCUCUCUCAAUAAACUGUUCUUUUAUUGCCUUCAA